ACAGGCGGAAGCGGAAGUGAUUCGGAAGCUGUUGUGGGAACUUCUGUGUUUGUGUGUGAGAGGGGCACCGUGCGUUUGUUCUUUGGACGUUUUCGGGGGGACGGCCAGGAGGGGACUGCGGGUCUCGGCCGUGUGGAGGCAGCUCCUUGAGGCCGCCGCCGCCGCCGUCGCCAUGGUGCAGGCAGAGCGUGGGGUAGCUGCCGGGUGAGGGGAGGGCGGGAGGGAGGGUGACGGCAGCGACUUGACCCGGUCCGGUUGGCUCCGCUGUGUCGGUCCGAGCUGGCGCGAUACCCGAGCGAGUGGGGCGAGCGGCGCCAGCCGCGCCGGGUCAAAGACGUGGGCCGCGGCAGCCGCAGCAGAAAGAGGAGCUCUUCCCCCCGAAGCCGCGGCUUUGGCUGGGUCGGCACCGCUAGCUCCUGGUAAAAAGUAAAGUAAAGCAAAGCCCGGCCGCCCCCUCCCCGUCUCUGAUUGUGCCACCCGAGCCUGUGCCCCCGGGAGGGGCAUCGGACCCCUUGGCCUCCAGCCGUCUCCGGCUGCUCCUCCUCUUCUCCUUUUCUUCCUCUUCUGCUCUUCCCCCUCUUCUACUUUACUCCUCUUUUCACUCCUCUUCUUUUUCUUCUCCCCUUCUUCUCCCCGCCCCCCCUUCCUUUUUCCCGGGGUUGGUUUUGACGAAAACAUGCCUUGCACCUGGAGGAACUGGAGGCAAUGGAUCCGGCCCCUCGUGGUAUUUCUCUACCUGGUGGCCUUGGUCGUCUCUCUGCCUCUGUGCGUAUGGGAGCUGCAAAAACUCGAGGUUGGGAUACACACAAAAGCAUGGUUUAUUGCUGGAAUCUUUUUACUAAUGACUGUACCAAUAUCUUUCUGGGGGAUUUUGCAACAUUUAGUGCAUUACACUCAACCUGAACUACAGAAGCCAAUAAUAAGGAUUCUUUGGAUGGUGCCUAUAUACAGCUUGGAUAGUUGGAUAGCUCUGAAGUAUCCCACCAUUGCAAUCUAUGUGGAUACUUGCCGAGAAUGCUAUGAAGCUUAUGUCAUAUACAGUUUCAUGGGAUUCCUUUCCAAUUAUCUGACUAACCGGUACCCAAAUCUGGUAUUAAUCCUCGAAGCCAAAGAUCAGCAGAAACAUUUGCCUCCUUUCUGCUGCUGUCCAUCAUGGGCAAUGGGAGAAGUGUUAUUGUUCAGGUGCAAGCUAGGUGUCCUGCAGUAUACUGUUGUCAGACCAUUCACCACUAUUAUUGCUCUAAUUUCUGAGCUGCUUGGUGUAUAUGAUGAAGGGAACUUUAGCUUUAAAAAUGCUUGGACGUACUUAGUUAUAUUCAACAACGUAUCACAACUGUUUGCUAUGUAUUGCCUGGUGCUGUUUUAUAAAGUACUGAGGGAAGAACUGAAUCCAAUUCAGCCUGUUGGCAAAUUUCUUUGUGUAAAGAUGGUUGUUUUUGUUUCCUUCUGGCAAGCAGCAAUAAUUGCCUUGUUGGUAAAAGUUGGAGUUAUUUCUGAAAAGCAUACCUGGGAAUGGCAGACAGUAGAAGCUGUGGCUACAGGUCUGCAAGAUUUCAUCAUCUGUAUUGAGAUGUUUUUUGCUGCUAUUGCUCAUCACUACAGCUUUUCCUACAAACCCUAUGUCCAGGAGGCAGAGGAAGGCUCAUGCUUUGAUUCUUUUCUUGCAAUGUGGGACAUUUCAGAUAUUAGAGAUGACAUAUCUGAACAAGUAAGAAAUGUUGGAAGGACAGUCCUGGGUCAUCGUAGUAAAAAGUUUUUUCCUAAUGAGGAAGAACAAAAUGAAAAUACGAGUUUAUUAUCAUCAUCUCAAGACCAGAUUUCUGUUGCUUCUUCUAUGCCAUCUUCACCCUCGGGUCACUACCAAGGGUUUGGACACACUGUGACACCACAGACUACACCUACCUGUUCUAAGAUGCCUGACGAAAUGUAUAACACUGUUACAGGAGGAAAUGAAGGCUCUUCAGCUAGAUAUAAAUCUUCGGCCUCCUGAACAUUCAGAAGAAUAAUGUUUCUUCUAUCCUGCCAUGUUACUUCAUAGACUGGUAUCCCAUCACUUAAUGGAUUUUGUACUUGGGACAACACUAAACUGAUGGAAAAUUCCAGCACAAAGAUGGUUGGUGAAAGCCAGGGUGUGUAUAAAGGUAGAAUUGAAUUGAAAACUGAAUUAAGCACAUUUUAUGUAUCACAUAAUACGUCUCAAUUUCCUAAGACGUGAUUUAUUUCUCAAUGUCAGAAUACCACAUGCUUACAUUUGAUGAAGAGAAGAAUAUGACUGCAACUAUUACUGACAUUAAACUGCUCUAUCAAAUAGACGGACAUGAAAAUCAAUGUUUUCUACCCUUGCUGCAUGGAAUAGAAUGCUACUGAAUUAACCUGAAGAGUGGACUUUAGAAACAAUUAGGUAAAUGAAUUAGUGGGACUUGAUCAUAAUUAAAGUUAAUGGUUACUUAUGUAGGUUGUGCUUACAUACCAUUUAAGUGCUAGAUUUUAUUCCAUUCAAUAAAAGAAGGAACUUCUACCCUA